CUUGACUAAUUUACAAAAUCCGCGAUGGUGAGCCUGUCAAACGAAAACCGGCGUUCUGGCGGUUACUUUUUUAAUGAUGACAAUACAAUUCAAGCUCGGGACAGUGAUGAACCACUUCUGGACAGUCCCACUUACACCACAGAACUGGAUAGGCCAUUUCGGGUCAUCAAUACCACACCAGCAAUUGUCCUGCACCUCCUUGUAAUGGUGGUGGCAGCAGCAGUCGUGUUAGCAUUGGACUCCAUGUAUCAUCAGCAAUCAGAGGCAAUAAUAUAUUACAUCCAGGGGGCGCUGUGGUUCCUACAUUUAACCUUUGACAUGUUUUACCGACAUUGUCACAAGAAAAGCCGUCUCCAUGGAUACCUUGAGUUUUACAGGCAAACAAGAUUUGUACGUCAGUUGCCAUUAGCCAUAAAUUCUGCAGUGAAUGCCGGAUUGAUCAUCCUGGCCAGCGUGGCAAGACGGGAAGGCUGGACACCUGAUACUGGAAAACACAACAAAGUCUGGCAUCUCAGCCUCCGUCUCAUCGUCGUGCUCCACAUCGUCAUCAAACUCAUCGUACUUAUCCUCUAUCUAGUGAAGACUGUGAAGUUCAAUAAAAGCCAAGUGUCCCCAGACGUUGCUCAAGAAGACAUGAUGGCAAGCUUUGUACAGUCGACCCAUUCAUCAGAAAUAGGAUUCAGAGAUGAACAGUACACUGAACAAGUUUUGGAGAAGCAAGCUGAUAUGAUACGGUACCUUAAACAACAUAACGCCCAGCUCGGAAAACGUAUCCUUGCUCUCACAGCUGAAAACCAGAACCUCAGGGGAGGUAACAGCUGAGGGGUCAAAUAUAACGAAGACUACGAGACUUGAUCGCUCAGUAAUGAGGACAAACAGUUACAUUUAUGUUUACUGCUUUAUUUACUCUUCGUCCAGACAUGACGGCUGUCUGACUGCACUACCAUUCAAGACUGUCAAACUUUGAUAUCCUUGUCUUAACUUAGAUUGAAUGGAUCAGUCUAAUCGGAGUAGGAAUAGAGUUAAAUUGAAGGCUCUGUACAUCUAUUAUUGGAGAAUGAAAAUUUCCAGGAUGAGAAGAAGAGAAAUCUCUGUCUGGUGAUCAUCAUCUAUUGAAUUUCACAAUUAAAGGUGAAAAUUUGCUCGAGAACAAUUACCAUCAACUUGAGGAAAAAAGAAAACAUGACAAAAUGUACUAAAAAAAUCCAGUAAUGAUUGAUAUCAGUAAAUUAAAUAUCAUUUUGAAUAGAUGGGAAAUUCUAACAUAUGAUAUUUUGUAAUAAAACAACUUCCUGCAAUGAGGUCAUACAUAGGCCUACUUGUAGGGAUAUUGGUGUCGCAAUAAUUACUGACUAAUUAUUGACACAGCACAUAUUUGUAGAUAAGAUAAGUACAUCACAGUUAGAUGAUGUAGGUAGUGGGUAAUGUAUCCAAACAAAGACUUACAUACUCUGAUGCUGUCAAUUAUAAACAUUCUUUAUUUAUCUGCAUAUGAACUGCUGCCCACAAAUAAGUCCCCUCCUUCAUUUUUGCAGAAUCAUCAAUUUUGAAAACUCUUUAUUUUGUAAGCAAAUCAUAAUGAAUUUAUUUAUCUCUUUAAAUUAUUAGAUACAGCACUUGUACCUCAUCAAUAAAACAAUUUUCAUUUUCAAGGGAUUAUACUUGUUGCUAUCAUGGACAAAUUAAUAAUGAUGAAAACUAGAAAAUAAUGUUAAUAGAGAGUACCUCACUCCAUGUCAUCACUUUAUGAAAAAAAAAUUUUUUUUUUUGUGACAAGGAAAUUUGAAUGAAGAUAGAAAAAAAAAUUUACAGUAUUGUUGCAUCUUAUGCAGAUUCUCAAUGUCUGUUUCAAUUUAUUUUUUAUUUUUUUUUUUAGGUCAUCUGACCCGAAGGGUCCGAUGACCUAUAGUCAUCAUGCUUCGUCCGUCGUCGUCCGCCGUGUGCCGUGUGCCGUGCGCCGUCCGUAAACUUUUCAUUCAAACGACUUCUUCUCAAAUACUAGAAGGUCUAGGGGGCUAAUACUUGGCACAGAGGAUACUGGCAUGGAG